ACUAUUUCGGUUGUGAUGUUGGCAUGUUUAUGGUUGUCUAAGCUCACUAAACUUUCGGGCACCUCGCCAGCAUUGCCACCAGGUCCCCGUACCUUGCCAAUUGUUGGGUACCUUCCCUUUCUUCGUCCGGAUUUACAUAUGCAGUUGACCAGCAUGGGUAACACUUACGGCCCCAUCUUCAAGUUCUAUAUAGGAAGCAAACUUCAAGUCGUUAUAAACACCCCGGAGUUAAUAAAGGAGGUGGUCCGUCACCAAGACGAGAUCUUUGCUAACCGCAACGUUACCGUGGCAGCGUCAGUUUUUUCAAGUGGGGGCCAAGAUUUAGUAUUUUCUAAGUACGACUCCAACUGGCGUAAGCUUCGCAAGAUCUUUGUGGACGGGAUUCUAAGCAACAAGAACCUUGAAGCAUGUGGUUAUUUCCGAAAGGAUGAAGUUAGAAAAACCAUCAAGAAUGUUUUUAGUAAAGUUGGUACCGCAGUCAACAUCAGCGAGAUUUCAUUCUUGACAUCAACCAAUGUUGUAAAAAGAAUGAUUUGGGAAAACUCGACAGAUGAAGGGGCAAAAUACAACCAUCUGGGAACUGAGUUACAGAUGGUGAGCACCAAGAUCGUUGAAAUCAUGGGACAACCGAAUUUGUCCGAUUUCUUCCCGUGUCUUUCAUGGUUUGACAUACAAGGGGUUGCCCGGAACAUGAAGAUGCAACUUGAAAAACUAGACAGGAUAUUCACAAGUAUCAUUGACGAUCGAGUCAAAUCUAACAUUUCCAAAUUGUCGGAGAAUGGAAUUGGUCAAGAAAUUACUAGGAAAGAUUUCUUACAAAUCUUGUUGGAGCUCAAAGACAAAAAAUCACUUACCAUCACUGAAAUAAAGUCACUUCUCCUCGAAAUUAUGAUUGGAGCAACGGAAUCAACCACAACGUUGAUAGAAUGGACAAUGGCUGAGAUUUUACAAAAUCCUAAAGUAAAGAAAAGGAUUCUAGAAGAAUUAGAAGAUAUUGUAGGUAUAAAUAACAUUGUCGAAGAAUCUCAUCUCGGGAAACUAGAAUACCUAGAUGCUACGAUUAAGGAAACAUUUCGGCUGCACCCUGUAACCCCUUACUUAAUCCCGCGGGAACCAAGCCAAGAUUGCAUAGUGGGUGGAUUCAAAGUACCAAAGGGUUCUGUCAUCUUUCUAAAUGUUUGGUCCGUUCAGCGGGAUCCUCGAUAUUGGGACAAUCCUUUGGAUUUCUAUCCCGAGAGGUUCUUGAGUGACACUAAGGUAGACAAAUUUGACUACAAUGGACACAAUACGAAGUUCAUGCCAUUUGGCUCGGGAAGAAGAGUGUGUGCAGGUCUUCGAUUAGCCGAGAAAAUUCAAAUGUUUAUUUUGGCUUCAUUGUUGCACUCUUUUGACUGGUGUUUGCCCGAAGGUGAAGAGCAUGACCUUUCUGAAAAAUUUGGCAUUACGCUAAGUAAAAAAAAAGCUCUCGUUGCAAUCCCAUCUCAAAGGUUGCCCGAUGUGAGUCUAUAUUUAUAAUGCUUGUAGAACUUGUAUGUCCACAUUAUAUCCUCCCAAAAUAAGUUAAAAACUUUGUGCCUGGGUUCACAAUAGACAUGUAAUUAACUUCUUUGCAUUAAUGUUGAUUAAA